AUGUUUUUUAAGAUUCUUCAAAGGUGUCACCAUGAUCAUUCUUUUCAUCAUCACCCUGUGUAUGAUGAUGAUGAUGCAACCUCAAAACAUUUGCAUGACUGUCUUCUCGAUCUUGUUGGUAGUUAUGGCUUCAAAGACAUCGCCAUAAUCAUUCUCAUCACGCUUCCCAUGAUGAUGAUGAAUGUUCCUCCUGCAAUACUUCUGAGGUUCUUGCGGGAACACCGAUCAGAAUGGGCAGACAGUAGCAUUGAUGCUUACUCCGCUGUUGCUGUUAAAGCUGGUCCUUGUAGUUUGCCAGUGUCUCGAACUGGAAGUUUUGGUGGGCAGGUUAUUCUUCCAUUGGCUCACACCAUUGAGCAUGAAGAGGCAAGUUCCUUGUUCAUGGAAGUCAUUAAGCUGGAAAAUAUGGAUCACUAUCGAGAGGACAUGAUUAUGCCUAAUGACAUAUUCCUUUUGCAACUUUGCAGCGGAGUGGAUGAGAAUGCCAUCGGCACCUGUGCAGAACUCAUCUUUGCUCCAAUUGAUGCCUCUUUCUCGGAUGAUGCUGGUGCACCUCUUCUACCAUCUGGUUUCCGCAUCAUUCCUCUUGAUUCUGGAGCUGAUGCCUCUAGUCCGAAUCGUACACUUGACCUAGCAUCUGCUCUUGAGGUUGGACCAGCUGGAAACAAGGCAUCUGGUAGUAGCUCCAGACACUGUGGGAGUGCAAAAUCAGUUAUGACAAUAGCAUUUCAGUUUGCAUAUGAAACCCACCUUCAAGAAAAUGUAGCUGCUAUGGCUCGGCAGUAUUUGAGAAGUAUUAUAUCCUCUGUUCAGAGGGUGGCAUUGGCACUCGCUCCUUCUGGUUUUGGUUCCCACGUUGGUUUGCGGCCAACACCAGGAACUCCUGAGGCGCAGACACUUACUCGUUGGAUCUGUCAAAGCUAUAGGUGUGCUUCUUGA